AUGGGCGAUGACGAGAGCGACGCCGCCAGAGGCUCAGGGUCCCGCUUGCCUCAAUGCUACCGAGACGUGGGCGACUAUAUCGAGAAAUUGCAGGCCCAAGCAACGAAAUACCGCCAGCGGGCGAAGCAAGCACUGACGACAAUUGCCAGCCUCGAACAGACGGUGGAGGUACAGGCAAGCAUCAUCAGUAGUUUGCAAGAUCAGGUGAUGGCGCAAAAGCAAGAGAUUGACCGGUUUGAAGACGAAUUGGCCAAGUUACGGUCGUCUCAGACUGGGGUUAGUGAAGUCGAAGAAGUGCCGGCUAAACGCGCUCGUGUAUGGGAUAAUAUCCCUAAUCUCCGUCACCAAAGCCAGGGCCAGGGGGUAUUCAGUCGCAAGCAGGUGCUGCCCAUCCGAUCGAAGCUGGUCAAUAUCCCUCGCACUGAGGUCGACACCCAGUACUCGCUGCCAGACUCGUCUCCUUUGAAGCUGCUGCCGCUGAAGUGUCAACGCGAUAUCCCCACCCAGAUAUCCAGCAGUCCCGAUAAACAACGUCUGAGUCCGCUGAAGCUGCUGCCGCUGAAACUGAGGCCGCUGCUCACUAACUCUAGUUCAACUCUACAAAUGCCAACGAUGGCGAAACAGGCUAGUGUUGAGCUUGGUGGUAACGAUGACGAUGAAGUGGACGAUUCUCAAGAUGAAGAGCCGCUUGUGAAGUUGGUGGUGGUGCCUAGUAAGCCGCACCCUACUCCGUUGUUGGCUCAGAAGUUUCGCCGCCAGUACCUUGUGGCUCAGCUCGACGUCCCGGGAACAAAGCUUGAUCUCACCACGAAUCCCGUGACUGACAAAGCGUGGACAGUAAGUGAUUUUGUCCCCAAUGGCGAUUUGGGAGCUGGUGGUGGUCGCAAGCUGUUCGCCUCCGUCAACGGGGCAGUAGUAGUUCGAGACCAAGGCAUCAGUCGCCAGGAUUACGAUAACCGGCGGCUAUUUUAUUCGAUGGUAGAGAAUCGCGACGGUGACGAUGGAGACGACGACGAACAGAGCUACUCCCAGCUUCAGUCUCAGAUCCACAAUAAGGUGCCGCUGCAGGAGUGGCGGCUGACGAUCCCCAGUACCCAGGAGGCAUUGGAGAACGCUCAGCGCAGUUAUAUGAUUAAACGACGCCGGGUGGUGCGGCGAAUCAAGCAGAGUCUCAAGGUGACUUAUGACCAUGUUCAUCAACGGGUACAGAGUGGUGACUUUAGGUUUGCUGAAGAUGUGCUUAACCAGUUUGUGGUCGAGGGUCGAGUAGUGGUACGGUACUCGGAGAUUCUUCAGGGAAACGACUAG